AUGAGAAGGGGCCUCCUUCUCGCUUGGAUACAACAAUGUGUUGCUCCUGAUCGUUUGGAUCAUUGUUUUCAUAUUUGCUACGGUGGGAUUGCUGCUGGUGAUAGAGACACUGAACACGUCCCUUCACACACUGUGUCUCCACCGGGUGGAGUUUCAGAACAAAUUUCUACAAGGGAGAUGGUUCCAAGUUCACUUCUUUUUCUUUCAUUCUCACCAGUAAUAAAGACGAGUGAUAGGGAUGGAUGA